GGGCUCGUCCGGGAUCUUUCAGAUCAUUCAGAUUGUGUUUCAGAAACAGUGAACGUGUGUUCUUUGAAAAAAUUGUGAAAUUUUUUUUUUUUGGGACAAGUGGGAAUUUUUUUUAAGUGAUUUAUGUGUAUAUUGUUUCUUUGAGAAUUCUGUGAAGAGAACUUUGUUUAACAUUGUUAUUUUUCUUUCCCCGAGCACAUACUGUUGAGGACACGGAGAAGAAAAAAAUGGAGGUUAUUGAGAUUAUUGAUUGGUGCAGAGAGAAAGGUCUUGAGUUGGACAGGGUUAUCAUUCUGAGAAAUGUACCUGCAGAUUGUGAAGAAAAAGUAGUUUAUGAAGUGCUGGAUGCUGCUCUGGGAAUGAGGAAAUGCAAAGUGAUUGAUCGCCUCUUUGAUAAGACUAAGCGACAGCAGUUUCUUCUGAUUGAGACAGUCAGCAAAGUUUCUGAGAUGUCUAUACCUGCAGAGCUUGGAGGACCUGAAGUAGGUACCUGGUACACACAGGUUGUGCAUGUUGCAGUUGAAGCACCUAAACACAGUAAGGAAGAUGAGUUUCAGACUAAGCUGAUGUCUUUUCUUCAAGCAGAGGGAAAGUCACUAUCUGACAUUCCAAGUUUAGCUUCCCCUACACCUGUGCUUGACACUAGACUGGUUGAUGCCAUAAACUCCCUUGUUCAAACAUGUCACGUGGCUUCGUCUGAGGAGAGAGCUGGAUAUAGGAAGCUGCGUCCCUUCUCUGGGUUCAUUCCCACUCCCCAUGGAGAGGAUGAGUAUGAGGUCUGGGUGGAGCAGACUACUCACAUUCUGGAAGAGUGGCAGUGUUCGGAUAAUGUCAAAAAGCAGAGACUAGUAGAGUGUCUCAGAGGUCCUGCAGCGGACAUUGUAAGGUUCGAGAAGACCGGCAACCCAUCUGCUACUUUCAGUGACUACCUCAGUGCAUUAGAGUCAGCGUUUGGCACCACUGAAGAUGCUGCAGAUUUGAUGUUGAAAUUUAGGAGCACUUACCAGAGUGAGGGAGAGAAGCUCUCAGCCUACAUAAUGAGGUUGGAUAGGAUGCUACACAGUAUGCUGAGGAAAAGAGGCAUUGAGUUCUCUGAAAUGAAUCGUCUUCGAAUGCAGCAAAUAGUUAGAGGUGCUCUUUCAAGUGACAUGGUGGCAAUGCGCUUGAGGAUGACCCAUAAGCUGUGUGCCCCUCCUUCCUUCAAUGAGCUAAUGAAAGAGGUGCGAGAAGAAGAGAGCAUGUUAAAACAAAGGAGCUCAGUGCAUGCAAAUGUAGCGGUGUCUGGUUUGCCCCCUGCAAAGACUGAGUCAUCUGGUAACACCAACCUGGCAAAUUCAGAAGUAGAAAUGCUGAAGAGGGAGAUUAGGGGGUUGAAGAACGAGGUGUCUCGCUUGACAGCUGUGGCGAAGGAACCAGCGACUUAUGAUCAUUCCGCUAUGCACAGUUUAGCUGCAACUGCAGAGAGUAACACACCAAACAGACCAGUGAACAAGCCAAACAUCUUUUGUUACAGAUGUGGAGAAGAUGGGCAUCUGAAACGUGAUUGUACCAAGGAAGAGAAUCUCAGGAGGGUAAACCAGCGGCUCAUCAAAAUGAGACAGCCGUCGGGAAAUGCCUCCGGGGCUCAGUAGAGGAACGGCCUGAAGCUCCGGGGAAGACACGUUCCACAAAGUGCAAAAGAGCAAGAGCUGAGCAAGUAGAUCUUCCGAACGGGUUAGUGGGACCCAGCUCUGUCCUUCCCAUCCAGGUGGAAGGUAUCUACACUAAGGCUUUGCUAGAUAGUGGAUCGCAGGUUACGCUGUUGUACAGAUCUUUCUAUGAGAAACACUUAAAGCAUCUGCCAUUGACACCAAUUGAAAAUCUGGAGAUAUGGGGAUUAAGCUCGCAGAGAUACCCUUAUGAUGGCUGCUUGUCUUUAAGGCUGGAGUUUCCAGGAUCUGUGGCAGGAGUGGUGGAAUCCAUAGAUGCACUUGUGUUGGUCUGUCCCGAUCCUGUCAUGAAAGGCGAACAUUCAACAUUCUGGUGGGAACAAAUACGGCUGUGGUAAAGAAGCUUGUGGAAGUUUGCAAGAUGAA